AUGCACCCUCUUCCUCGAGUGUUAGCAACGGUGGUGGGCGGUAAGUUGGGUUUUAGGUCACGAGUUUGGCCCGUGAGAAGCGGAUGGAAAGGGAGAGAUGCUGCUGUAUGACAAUAAAGGUUUCUUUUGGUUGCUUUUGAAUCGCCGGGGCAGCGUGUUCUACCGAUGGGACUCGCUCCUGGGAGGGCUUUGUGUGGCGCUCCUGGGCGGUGCCGUGCAAUAUAUGCACAGUAGUGGCUGGGAGAACAAACCGGAGAUUGGGCACCACUAUGGGUUGCAAGCGCUGGGUGUGGCCGUGACCUUUGCGAUCGUCUUUCGCACCCAAUUGGCCUGGAACAGGUACUGGGAAGCCGUGACCCAGCUUCAUGUAAUGUACAGCAAGUGGCACGACGCCUUCUCCCAGUUUCAAGGCUUUGCCGAGGUCACCUUAAAGGCCGCCAAGGAGAAGAAGGACGAGGCCAAGAUCAAGCUCAUCAUGAUGAAGCAAAGGAGGCUCAAGCUGAACUUUGCCUUGCUCUCGGCGAUGGCGGCGGAACGGCUUUCGCAUGGGGACAACCAGCUCAUCGAGGACAUGUCGAGAAAGGUUCGCAGCCGGCACGCCAUGCGGGUGGAGAAGGAGGCGGAGGGAUAUCAGCCGCCGGCCUUUGUAGAACGGAAGGACUUCGACCGGGGCUUGAAGAAGGUCAUGAGUUUCGUCCUCUUCCGCAAGCCGUCACCGCAGCAGAUGGAUCUGCUGGCCAGGUCCAAUGACCCGGUGUCCUCGGUGAUGUAUUGGAUCACUUGGGACUUAGCCAGCGUCAUGAAGGAACUGGACACCGCCCCUCCGAUCCAGACUCGAAUGUAUCAGGAGUUGUCCAAUGGCAUGUUGGGCUUCAACAACUGCCUCAAGAUUGCAGACGUGCCAUUUCCGCUGCCCUUUGCUCAGCUGUUGCUGAUGUCUUUGGUGGCCUUUUCGUUGCUCAUCCCACUGUACGUAAUCGUCUUCACCAAGUCGUUGGUGGUGGGCCCUGUUCUGUGCUUCUUUUUGUUUGAAAGCCUUUGGUGCAUGAACGAAGUGGCCAAAGAGCUUGAGAACCCCUUCGGCCAGGACAUGAACGAUAUCUCCCUUCCAGAUUUCCACCUUCGCUUCGUGGACACUCUGGAGUCCGUGAGUCACAUGGAGCAGCAUGAGAUGCUCCAGAUGGAUGACAUCGACGACACCGGUGAUAGCCUCUUGCGGUGGCACGGCUCUGAACCUCAAAAGGUCGGAACAGAAGGAUGCGAAAACGGGACUGCUCCCAGCCACAACUGCGAAGCACAUGUGGCGGCGCGAAAAAUGUCAGGCUUUCCGCACGGCCAUGAAGCGGAGACGAGCGGGGAGAAAGUGGCACAAGACACGAGCGAUGCGCGGUGCGCGGGUCAGAGCUAUGUUGGUUGGUCUCGUGCCAUACCCAGUCAGUGGAUGACCUUUAGGUAGAAGAAGGUUAAGCUUUAUUUUCCAGGCAUACUGAAGGAGUCAAGUGCUGGGGAGCUGUCUCAGAGUGCAGCGACCGCUGGGAGUAU